AUGGAAUUCUUAUCUAAAUUAAAUAUUGUUCUUUUAUAUUUUUUUCAAUUUUUAUUAUUUGUUAAUACUUCAAAACUUCAAAAUAAAAUUAUUAUAAUUACACCAACAUAUAGAAGAAUUACAAGAUAUCCUGACUUUAUUCGUCUAGCCAAUACCCUUCAACAUUUAUCAGAAAUACAUUGGAUAGUAGUUGAAGAUGGUCAUAAAAAAUCAUCUGGAGUUGAAAGAAUAUUAAAUAAUAGUAAUAUACCAUAUACAUAUAUUGCUCAUAAAACACCAUCUGGCAUGCCAAGACGUGGUUGGUGGCAACGUGAUAAAGCUCUUGAUUUGUUAAUCUCAUCAAAGUCACAUUUUGUUAAAUCUAAUCAAAAAGGAAUUGUUUAUUUUGCAGAUGAUGAUAAUACAUAUGAUUUAAGAUUAUUUAAUAAAUAUAUUAGAAAUGUUAAAAAAAUUGGAGUUUGGGCUGUGGCAUUCUCAUCAAGUCCUAUUGAAACACCAAUUGUUAAAAAUGGAAAGGUAGUUGGAUUUAAAAGUUAUUAUGCUCCAGAAAGAAAAUUUGCCAUGGAUAUGGCUUCAUUUGCCAUUUGUUUAGAUGUCUUUCUAACAAAACCAGAGGUACGUUUUACAAUGGAUCCUAAACAAUAUUCUCAAAGUCCUGAACCUAUCUUAUUAACAGGACUUGGAAUAGAAAGAGAUGAUUUAGAACCUUUUGGUUAUAAUACAAAAAUUAAAGAAGUUUUUGUUUAUCAUACAAAAACAAAAAAUCCCAUACCUUCUUUUGGAAAAAGAAAAAAUCAUACAAAUUUCGGGUUUGAUAUAGAAUUUCCAUAG